AUGAGUCCACAAUGCAAGCCCGUGAACGAGAAAGACUCGAUGGCUAAGCACAAGACCAACGGUCGUAAUAACAAUCCUUACGUUCAUAUCACUACUCCCACCUCGGCUUCUGAUAAGAGAUCGAAGGAUAAGGUUCUUGAGAUGUUGAAUCGUUACGGGAAGAAAGUGGAGGACGUGACUCGUAGGGCGGAAGCAUUAGCCGGCGGUUUAAAAGACCACCUGAAGUUUAGUCCUAGCAUAAGUGAUGCAGCAAUGGCUAGGCUUGCUCAAGGUACUAAGAUGAUCGUUGAAGGUGGACCAGAGAGAGUGUUUCAAAGAGAGUUUGGUGUGUUAAACUCAGAGAAACUCUUGGAUUCGUUCGUUUGCUACAUAUCGACCACUUCAGGACCAGUCACUGGAAUGUUAUACGUUUCGAAUAAAAGAAUCGCUUUCUGUAGCGAUUACGCGAUUCGUCUUCCUUCUUCAGCUGGUGGGAACGGUGUUCCGGCAUACUACAAGGUGGUGAUGGAAUUGGAGAAGGUAAGUUGGAUUAGUUCAUCAUCGAAUGUGUUAAAGCCAAGUGAGAGGUAUGUGCAAGUGGUGACACAAGAUGGAUUUGAGUUUUGGUUCAUGGGUUUUGUCUCAUACAUGGAUGCUUUCAAUUGUCUCAAUAAAGCUCACCUUAAUUCCCAUUGUGAUAAGUCUAUGUAA